CUGAGUUUACUAAGCUGUUUGUCUCUUCUUUCCUUAAACAGAAAACGUCUCCAUUACCAAUCCAUAAAGAAGAGCCGGAUAAAAACAGGUGUAAACUUCAUUCAAAAUACCUCACAGAAAGUGAAGUAUUAGAUAGACCAUCACCAGUUAUGGAGGGUGAGUGGGGAAAAUUUGAAAUCCUACGUGAGGAAGUGGAGAAGCUAACAAAAUUACUGCAGAAAGAUACGGAAAAGGUUAAAGAUAUUUCGAAGCAGUUCGAAGAGACCCUUAGUGAAGAGGAAAAAACGUUCAAGGAAUGCGCUGAUUUGGGAAUACUAUGCCAAAGGCUAACCAAAGCAAUGACUGAGGUAAGGAAUGUACGCGAGAAGUUGGCCUCUAAAGAUAUAGUCAUUGAAUUUGUUGGAACAACUAACAGUGGCAAAUCAUCCGUUAUAAACGCCCUUCUUCGCGAACGUCGUGUGCCUGUUGGAUUCAUGCAAACAACCAUGUGUUCAAUUAGAGUUCGCGUCACGGAGAAUAGAGAGUGGUCAGUUGAAAAAAUUGGCAAAGACGGAGAAAAGAAGCUUCUCUCGGAGGCCAUUGAAGAAAAGGCGUUAGAAAAUCUCUUGAGUAAAAUGAGCGGUCUGAAAAACGAAAAGUUACGGAAAGAGGAAGGAAUCGAUCUAUACACCACUGUACAGAUCAACUGGCCUAAGGAAAAAUGUAGAAAGUUGCCUGAAAACGUCAUCUUGUGUGAUACACCGGGCUUUGGAGAGAGUGAGGAAGAUAUCCAGCUUGUCACUGAGAGGUGCAAAAAAGCAGACAUAAUUGUAGCUGUCAUGGAUUCCACGUCACCGUCGAGAGAGAUACUCAUUGAGCUAGUGAAAGACGUAGGUUGUCCAUUCACUUUUGGAGUCUUUACAAAAUGGGAUGAGUGCUUGAGAAAAGCGGAGAAAGAAGGAGAUGACACCGUCAAAAAUGUGACAGAAACAGCCGAGGUCUUCAAAAAGGAAUUCUGGGAGGCUCUUCAAGGGAAAAGCAAAGUUUACUUCGUUAACGUGGAAAACUUUUUAGAACCUAACUCCAGUUUUCAAGAGUUCGAGCGCACCUUGGCCACGAAGGCAACAGAGAUAAAAGGCAAGUCAUUAACAGAGCAGGCGAAAUCUAUCGCUUUACGAUCCUUGGAGUACUGCGAUCGGUUAAAAAAAGCCAUCGGAAAGAAGAAGACAGAAAAGCUACAGCGUCUAGGUGAAGAGUUGGCUUCCGCGAAGAAAGGUAGUAAGACUCUACAUAAUCCUUUUGAAAGCAUCAAGAGUGAAGAUGAGGAUUUACAAGUUUCCACCAGCGACACAAACCUGUUAGAGGAAGUAAAUAAGAAGUUAAGUGAAGGAGCAUUAGAAGAACAUUCUGUCGAAUUCUUCCUCAAAAAGAUUAACGAGAAGACCACAAAGGCUAUCGCAAGCAAAAGAGAUGAAAUCAGUAAAGCAUACCAAGACUGGAAAAAAAACACAGCAUGCCGCAAGUUUCAGUCUUUCAAUUUACGGUUUCGUGAACCUCCACAGCUUCAGUAUCGAGAAUUACCUAAAGAAGAAUACAACUGCUUAUUUGACCCUCAUUACUACUACACAAGUAACUUUCUCUUGCCCUGCACUUUUGGUGUUGUAGCUUUAGCAAGUCCAGCUGUUGCUCUCCUUGUUGCCGUCAAAGCAGGGGGAUUCCAGUUCCUGAGUACACUGGCCUGUGGUGGAGCAGCCGGAGGAGUCGGAGGAAUUGCCUCUCUAGUCACUGGUAUUUUUCGUCUCGGCGACAAAAUGAAGAAAAAGUACCCGAUUAGCCCCUACAAAGUAAAAUGUUGGAAACGUUUCCUCGUAAAAGAAUUAAAGAAUCACCAUGAAAACUGCAAGAAGAUGUUAAGGGAGGAAAAAGGGGCCAACCUUAAGAGACUAAAAGAGAAAUUGGAAAUUAUCGUGGAUGAGAACCCAGUCGAAAUCGAAGAGCUUUGCAGCGAUUCACACUUCUGGAACGAACUGGGUUCACGAUUGGGAAUCAUAGAAGACAGUAUACGGGCAACAGUUGAACAGUUGAAAGAGCUGCUGGCAAAUUUUUUUCUGAAAGAACUCUAUCCAUCCUAUUCGCCUGAAAGUUUACAGCACUAAGGAGCGAGGAUGCACUGUGACUGCACAAUACACUACCAACAUUUCUGGCUUUGAUGGAUGAUUCUUUGUAGCAGACGCUAAUAACACUCUAGUUAUGUAAUUGGGCACGAAGAGCUGUUUAGUUCAACUCUGCAUCGCAUGUAGAUAUGUUUCCUUCAACAUCUCAGUAUCCUUACACCAUAAUUUAAGUGUGCAUGCACGCCAUCCUUUUGUAAAUAGUUACAUGAUCAUAACUGCAAGAGUUGUUGGCUUCU